AUUCUGUGUCGAGCUUCUAUCCUCGCCUUAGUCGCUAUGGACCUUUCGAUUGUUUAAUACUUAUCGAUAAUUAUUGUCUUUUUACUUGGUGAGUAAAAUGACCCUUUUCUUUUUUUUAACGUAAUUAACUUUCCUUUUUCUUUAGUCCUUUUAUUUUUUAAGUAAAAUGUAAAGAUAAAAAAGUUUUUUCUCUUUUUUCUCUCUCCUCUUCUCUCCCUUUCAAUCUUAUCCAUUGAAAAUAAACAAGCUACAGAGGAUAGAAAUCUAAAUAUAUUUCAAAAUAAUGUUUCUUCUAUGAAAAAACGAUGCUCUUUGACGUUUUAAUAGCAUAGAUGAAUGUAUUUCUUUUUUACCUUGUAUUAUUCAUACAAGUUUUUCAUCUCUAUAAGUCAUACUUUCUUAUUCUUCUUCUUUUUCUUCUUCUUUCCUUUUCUAGUUUGAACGAAAAGAGAAAAAUAAGAUAAAAAAGGCAAGGAAGAUAAAAUCCCUGAUGUUACUGGCACUGAUUUUUCCCACGAUUCUUUUUAAAUAGGCUUGAGUGUUUUUAUUUCGCUUAUUCUCCUUUCCAAAUCAUGUCUAGCUUCCCUAUUUCUUACUCAUCUUUUAGCUGGCCACUUAUGCUUCUCUCUUAUAGAGCAGUUAAAAAAAUAUAUAAAUCAAUGGACAUUGACCUUCGAAGUCUUCAAUUUCCUAUAAACAAGCGUCGACUAGUUUGCCUAACCAUUGCCUAUUUUUUGCCGUUAAUUGGCAAUUAUAGUUUAAAUAUAGUGAUUUUGAGGUCAGACCACCCUCCAAUUAGAAGUCGUUUUUUCUCUUACUGACGUUUUCCGCUAUAAUCUACUCUAGCUAACUGUUUUACGUCUAAACAACCUUUUUAUAUUUUAAAGAAGCCUAUCUUCUCCUAACCUUUAUAAGGCUAAAAUAUAAGUGUUACUUAUAACGCUAACAAUAAGUUGGCCGUUAAUGUUUCCAAGAAGGGAGAAAACUAAUUUCUUUCAAACCCGUAUUUUAUAAUCCGAUGAAAUGAUGGACAAAUUAAUGGAAAGUUGCGAAAAAAAGAGACAGAGUAAGAAAGAGCGAAGGGAAGUUAGAAAGAGAAAGAAAGGGAAAGAGGCGGAAUAAGGCGAAACUGAUAGACGGAUAAGUUAAGAAACUAGGAUAUAAGGACAGAUAUAGACAAGCUGAAGAAGAAAAAGACAGGAAAGAGAACGGUAAUAGUAAUCAAUAAGAGACGCGGGUAGGGUAUUAUAUAGCCGCAAGAAUAUGUUAUUAGCAUCCGUUGAGAUUCUGUCACAUUGAAAAGUUUAUUUACCUUAAAAUUGAAUUAAAAAAGCAUCAUAAAGAAAAACAUAAGAAUAUGUUGAAGAAAUAUAGAAGAAAUUCAAUCAUUCAGACUUAAUCUACUCUUUUAUAAACUUUCCAGUCAAGCAGGAGACAUAAAUCAGUCUAAUUGAUUUUUUAACUUCCUAAUUAUUGAACAUAAUUGAAAAAUAAUAUAAAUUCUAAAUAGACAGGAAUAGAAACCAGCAUGAAGAAAGAAAAAUUUAAUACCAUAAAAACAGUACAAUAUAGAACAAGUGUAUUAAACCGGAAGAAGGCUUAGUGGCUUUAUUUUUCUUCAUUUUUCUCAGCCCCUUAGCAAAAGAAGGGAUGAAGUAAUUACAAGCCAGGAAAAAAUGUGAAUUUGUACUUUUUUCCUCUCUUCCCUCAGUAUUCUUUUGCCGUUACUAUAACAAGAUGCGAAAUGAUUUGGUUGAUGCCACAGCAGAUGAUUUCUCAUCGAUUCAAACUAAUUCGACGAAAGCUCAACCCUUUAAGAUUGCUUGGCCAGUUCUAGUCGUAUUUUCAUUCUUCUUAUUAUUUGGGAUAAUUGGAAACUUAUUAGUUAUAUAUGUUAUAUGCUCUAGACAACGUCUAAGGAAUGUUACAAAUUUCCUUUUGUUAAAUUUGGCAGCAGCUGAUGUCUUGUUCCUUGUAAUUGGAGGAGGAUUUGCAAUGAUUAAUUACCUAUUUUAUGAAUGGCCACUUGGAGGUAUCGUUUGUCGAUUAACUCAUUUUCUUAUGUUUAUGACUUGCUACGUCAGCGUCUAUACUUUGGUAGCCGUCACGGCUGUUCGAUAUUCGAUAGUAGUUAAUGGUUUACAAUUCAUGUGUGUUAGGACUCGUUGCCAAGGAGCUUUCCUAAUAGCUUCCCUUUGGAUCAUAUUCCUCGUCGCAAAAAUACCAGUUCUACUUAUUCACGAUAUAAAGAAGCAAGAGGCAACAGGGCGAAUCGAAUGUGUUAUAAUUGGCGCAAAGCAAGGUAGACACUUCUUUACUACCUUUUUCGUUUUCGGAUACGCUCUACCACUCUCUGUUAUAGCUUCACUGAAUGUUCUUAUAGUAAGAUACCUGAGGGAAAAAAAAAGAAACUUGAGUAAUCAUUCGCACGUCUCACCAAUUCAAGAUAGGACACGCCACGUGACCAAGACUGUAUUAAUUGUUGUCAUUGUAUUCGCAGUCGUAUGGUUACCUCUUCAUCUUCACCUAUUGAUAACCUACAGCUACGGUAAUGGAACAUUACCAAACGUUAAAUAUUAUAAAAUAAUGGUUGUAGUAUUUCAUUGUUUUUGUUUUUUCUCGCCUGUCUUCAAUCCGAUUAUUUAUAAUUUUUGUAGCGAAGAGUUUAGAUUAACUUUUAAAGAGGUUGUAUUUUGCAUAAAAAGCGCUAAUAUUGAUAAUCAUCCACAAGAUCAUAAUUCUCCGCCCGUCAACGUUUAGGAGAGAGAAAAUAAACUUAGCUAUGAAAUAUACUUUUGACAUGCAUAUUUAUGAUUUACCAUCUGAGAUAUUUUGGUACUUGCUCUACUUUUUUCUUUAAAAAAAAAAAAGACACAAAAACAAACAACAAUUGCUAUGAAAAGAAUAUGUAAGCUAUUCAAAGAGAAUAUACUAUAAAUAAAGCAAACGAAAAUUUACUUUUCAUAAAGAGCAAUGUAACAAAAGCAUAAAAAAUAAAACUGUAUGGAGGAUCAAAUUCUUUUUCUUAACAUAUUCAAUGUAUACAUUGCAUUGUCUAACAAAUGAGAACUUGGAACAAUAGAUUUUUCUUUAAUACUUAUACACAGAGCAAAAAUAGUUUGUAAGCUGUUUGGUUUGAUGUUUAAAUAUUACAAAAAUACUAGAAAUGUAUGGUAUAUAGUGUAUAUAUAGAAAUUGUAUACGUAUGUACAUAUUGAAAAUGAUUGUAUAUGAAAAAAAGCAUUAAAAGAAGCGUUGCAAGAGCACGACGUUAAUUUCCUCUCAGCUCAGCUGAACUACUCUGUGGUCUCUUUAUUUUAGAAUUUUAAACGUUUUAGUUUAGGUAUAAAAUAUGUAUAUUUUAUUAUAUUAUAUCUAAUCAUAUUUUAUCCUGGAACAGUUAUAUCUUAUAAACCCCCUCUGCAAUUGAUAAUUAAUCUCCGUUUUUCUAUACUUAUCAACUGAUGCAAAUCUUUCAAGGUAUAGGUUAUUAUAAUAAAAAUUUUCACGCUGUCCCUUUCUCUCUCUCUCUCUCUCUCUCUC